UCUGUGUUUAUCAGCAGGGAUUUCUGGGAAGGGGUCGUCAUGGUAACCAACGUAAACACCAUCCUCCAUCCUCCUCCGCCUGCUUCUCCUUCCCCGUCUCUCUCGUCUCUGCAGCGGCGCCAAACCGGGCUAAAAUGGCAACCAUGGCUCGCAGCGAGGACCAGUAUUAUGAAAAGAUAACGUCGAUACAGCAGAGCAUGCACAGAUGGGAGAAACGCAGGCUGGAGCUGGAGAAGGAGCUGUUUACUUACUCCAGGUCUGAUAAAAGAAUUUCUCCACUGCCUUCAGCUCACAGAUAAAGUGUUCCAAACUGCGCGGUUAUCUCAAGGAAAUCUGUGACAGGGAAGCACGAGCGAAAAUGAGAAACCUUGAGCUCCUGAGAGAUGUGGAAUGCAUAGAAAUUAACAUGAACAAAUAUAGUCCUGACCAUGGCCCCCUGCAACAACAAAAGGCUGACUUUUUCAAAAAGAUUUCCAUAUUCAUGGAAGCAAGGCAGAACAUGGAACAGGAGUUGGACACAGCAAAGGAGACUGUGCACAGGCAGCACCAGGACAGCUCCCUCUCUUACCCAGCUAAGGAUUUUACACAACCACCAACGGUAAUUUUUAUGGGCCGCCAGACCUCCAGAGGGUCUGACGCUGAAGCUGGCACCACAAGUGUACACUCACACCAAGCAUUGCGUUGUUCACCCAAUCGCAGCACGCACUCCCGCGAACGUCUACCAAGUGGCCUUUUGAAGGACUUCAGAGUUGGCGGAGAGGAUGCCGCCAGCAACCGAGCACAUUUAUCAGAUGACAUUUCAGGCUCAAACGAUUCCCCCGACGGCUGUAAUUUGAGUGACAAACAUGAAAGAACGAUGGUGGUGGUCCCAUCUGUUCGUGCCUUAACAGGCGCAGCUGGCAAUGCGCCUUUUGGAAGUGAUGAUGAACAAGAACCGUCACCUUUGGUGACCUUGACGGGACCUGAGAAGAAUCCGUCUCACAGCAGCAGUAACCCCAUGAAGGCCAAGAAUUCCCCUACAGAACACAGUGACUCCCAUGAGAUGGCUCAUCAGCCACCUAUAAUGGAAGAUGGAGAGAGAGGUCUCAGUCAUUUGAUGGCUCAAACCACUUUGGGAAAAGAAGCUCAAGACACAGCAGAUAGACGUGAGAGUGUCAGCACACCAAGCUCUGAUGUGCAGUUGUCAGAGAGCAGUGCUAGUGACCUGUCCAUAUCUCUUACACAAUCUGAGUUGGAAGAGGAUCUACCAGAGAGUGAGGCACAUGAGAGGAAUGCCUCUUCUGGAGAGACUGAUGAUCACAACCAGCACAGUCCUGAAUCAUCCAUUCACUCUAAUGGGUCCAAGAACACACCACAGUUAAACUGUGAAUCUUCAGCUCCGGUGGUGACCUUGGAAAGUCUCUCCCAGGAAGGACUCUUUAAUCUGCUAGACAACAUUGAAGGACGACUCUGCAGCGAAUGGACCAGCGUAUAUGAUAAAUCUUCAAUUGAUGAAAGACAACUCAAUAGAAUUAUCAGCCUUUGUAAUAGUGAAGCGGGCUUGAACGACAAGGACCUUAAAGCAUGUGGAGCAGUCAUCCUUCAUGAGCUUCAGAGGUUGUCAUGGAGCACCUCGAAGGGCUGCCUGCUACCAGAGGAUCUAGUGUUAGCUCACCAGUCUUGCACUGAGCCUAAUGAAAUAAGCGCCAGCCUCCCUCCUGAUGCCGCUCGGCUGUGGGAUCGCUGGUUCAAGCACGCCCUCCUGCUCAAGGAGCGCCGUGUCCUCAGCACUGAGCGCCUGGUCCAGCUGUUCACGCCGCUGCUGCUGGAGCGCCAUGCCGCCUACAGCCACCAGGCCAAAGUGCUGCUGAGGACACUUGUGUCCCGGUCCAGUGAGGAGUGCCCCUCAGCAAAGGACGAGAGUGACUUGUCUUCUUGCGGACCUCCUUCUCUCCUGGCUGACGAUGAUGUGAAGCCUGCGGGGCCGGUACAGAAGCAACAGAUCCAAGAACUACAAAGUACUGAAGAGGACAGCCAGGACGAAAGCCCUGUGGAAAGUGUUCCUAUUAGAGAGACCAAAGCAUAUCAGUUACUUAAACAAUCAGCCAUGCAGGAAAGGCUGCAGAGUUCUGAAGAGGAGGAGGAGGACGACGACGAUCCCCCAGGAAUAAAUCAUGGCCAUGAAGAGGACCUGGGGAGGGCCAAACGCUCCUCACAUCAAGACCCUUACCCUCGGAAAGAGAAGACUAGCUCAAAGGCUCUCUGCGCUCUACAGUCAAAAGCUUUCUGGGGGGAAUCAGAUGACAGCGACUCAGAGAUUGAAGCAGCCUUACGUCCUCAACCUUUCAACACAAACAGCAAUGACAUUGAUGACUUCUGUGACUGAUAUUUCCCCGCAGAUAUUUUUUAAAUGCACUACAUUAUAUCACUGGAGAUUUUCAGGCAGCUUGGCUCUCAGUAAUUCACCCCCUGACCAUUAUUUUAGUGGUCUGCAUUGUAAAUCAUAUGCACACUGUAUCGUAAAAACAAAUAAUAAAGUUGACAGCUCUCACGCUGGGUAAAGUAUGUGAAGAGUUGUCCAACACUCUGAUGUUAA